AUGGAUGAGUUUAACACUUCCUGGACAGUGAACGUCUUUCAAGCACCUGGAUCAUAUUUCUAUGAAGUGCAAGUUGGUGUUCCCUUUCUUCCGUUCGUCAUUGAAAAUGGCUUCGUGGACUUUACCACGCCGACAGACUUCAAUGUGCUGAAUGUUAACGAUGCUUUGCCAAACACCGACAAUCCGAAGCUCGAAAUUACAUCCUUGGCUUUUGCCAAUGACACGGUCUUGUUCUUUCGGAACAGCAAUGAAAGUCCACUGUUCUUGUUGCAGCUGUUGGAGGUCCUUCCAGUCACUCCUCUGCGUCGACUUGCAGAAGCCUUUUUCGAAUGCCCUGGUGGAUGCGUGAUCUCAAGCCUUUACGUCAACGAUAAUUUCUGCGACUGCCCGGAAACUUGUCAGGAUGAAGAUUCCUGGACUUGUGCCACCUGUGGCGCGCCCCCACCAUCACCGCCUACGGCGCCACCAGAUACCGAAAGCCAGGCUUUGAAGAAGGCGUCCAUUGGAGUCGGUGUUGGCAUCGGCGUGGGCGGCGGCCUUGCCCUUGGCCUCGGUCUAGGGAUCGGGCUCGGGACGGGCGUUGGGACCGGUGCUGGUGCGGGGACGGGCUCCGCGGCCUCAGCUGCAGCAGCAGCAGUUUCAGCUGUUGCUGCCUUCAGCGCAGAGGGCUCGCUGAAGCUCAAAGUGGAGAAUUCGCAGAUACUGGAGACGGAAGCCUUCACCAAUGCGAUCAAGCGCUCGAUUGCUCGAAUAGCCGGGAGCUCAGUGAUUCCAGCGAUGGUGGAGCUCAUCAUCGGCUGUGCGGCUGCCAGCCGGAGACUGGCUUCCCUCUUCCGUCGGCUGGCGGAGACCGUGGACGUUUGCUUCAAGAUUGGUGUGGAACAAGAGGACUUAGCAGAGGAGGUUUGCGACACUUUGGCGGGAUACAAUGCAGCCACUGUUGCUACGGUGAUUUCUUCAGAAAUCCUCGAUUCCGGCAUUGAUCCAGGGCAAGUCAGCGUGAUAGGCUAUGAGCCGAACCCAAAUCCGCGGGCCAACAACCCGAAUGCACCGAGUGAUCCGAUCGACACUCCGUUUGUCCCUGGCACGGGCGGAAUCAACUUGGGAUAA